AUGUAUGAAACGUGGGAGAAACAGAUGAAGUUCCUGAAGAUGACCUUUAAGCUCGAGGAAGACAUGACGAAGAUACUGAUCGGCAAGCGGCUAAAAGAAAAGGCGUGGGAAUGGUUCCAUUCGAAACCAGAGUAUAUGCAUAUGACGUCGGACCAGUUAUUCGCAGGGCUCCGGGGUAUGUUUUUCCACCGCCCAAAUAAGAUCGCUCUAAGACGACAAUUCGAAGACAGAGUGUGGAAAGAAGACGAAACAUUCCACAGCUACGUUCACGAGAAGGUAAUAAUGGGGAAUCGAAUCGCUAUCGACGACGACGAGAUCAUGGGCCACAUAAUCGACGGCAUCCCAGACCGGAACCUACGCAACAUGGCACGAGUGCAGGCAUUCACGACGAAGGAGCAGAUCCUGCAGGCGUUUGAGGAGAUCUCCCUACAGGACAAGGGUUUCGCAGGGACAUCGACCGGCUCGAAGAACGGAGACAGAAGUGUGGCACGGCGUAAGAUAGAUAAGAACUCUAAGGACGAUACAGGUGAAAGAAGCGAAAAGAAAGAUUCAUAUAUUAAGAGGGAUCCAGGUAUGUCAAAACGUUGUUUUAAUUGCGGCAUGAAAGAUCACGUAAGCGCAGAUUGUCCGACGAAAGGUAAGAGCCUGAAAUGUUUUAAAUGUAAUGAAUACGGUCACAUCGCGCGUAAUUGCAUAAAAAAGAACGACGUUUCAAAAAAUAGUUGCGCAGUGUCCCAGUCGAGACUAAGUAAGCAUGUUAAAGACGUUUUGAUUAACGAUGUUCCGAUCCAAGCGAUUGUAGAUACGGGAAGCGAUAUCACGAUCAUGAGCGCGAACGCGUAUACGAAAAUCGGUUCACCGCGACUCGAGAACGAUAUCACGCCGUUCCAAGGGAUAGCCACCGACGAAAACGCAACGAUGGGCAAGUUUCACGCGAAGCUAACGGUUGAUGAUCAUUCGUACGCGAUAUCGAUUAAUGUCGUUUCCGAUGUAUUGACGCGAUAUUCGUUGUUGAUCGGAAAACUUCCUUGA